AUGGCUAGCUACGAACCUCCCCAUUUGACGAAGCUCCGAGCCUGGAACUCAGCCACCCCGCGAUUCUUGUUCAGGGGCUUCAACGAGUACUCAGGUGGCAACAAAGAACUGAACACCCCUACAGCCAUCACUCCCCACGCAUUCCUUGGAAAGUUCGUGGACAUCAAAAAUGAAAAAUCGGUCGGAUCCGGCGUAGACACCCUAUCUGGUCCGAGCCCAAUGACUCUCAACUCAAUGUCGCUUGGAACAUUUCAAACCGAGAUAAAUAGGCACCUCUAUGGAAACAAGAACAUCGCUUCGCAUUUCAGCUCGUGGACGGCCGACUUCCAGACUGCUAUCCGCUACUCAUGGGGUGGGCGUGAUGGGCUCAAUUGA